AUGUGGUUUGUUGUAAUUUGCAUGUUGCAGGGUCUCUUUGAGAUUCUCACUCUAUCUGGAUCACAUGUACUCAAUUCGACAAGUGGUCCUCAGCAGCGUCAGAAUGGUACGCUCAGCGUUUCACUGGCUAAGCCAGAUGGGCGGGUUUUUGGUGGAGGUGUUGUGGGUUCAAUGAUAGCUGCUGGCCCUAUUCAAAUCGUUGUAGGAAGUUUCAAGCAAGACAUCAGCAGCCAACUGAGGCGUCUUUCGGGAGAAUCCGCGGUCGCCAAUGUGCUUGCUAGUCCAGAUCUAGUAAGAGUUCCAGUGAUGAUGGCUCCAACAAAUGUUGAUGAGAGAAAUCUGACAUCUGCAUUUCUGGAAUCAGCCCAUGGAGGGGCAGCAGGAAAUUCCAUUGCUGCAAACCAGCACAUGAGCCAUACCUCUCUGCUUAAUCUGGGUCAGAAUGCCUUCCAAGCAAUGUCUGAUCAAAGAACUCCUCCUGACAGCAAGUCCAACUUUGUUCACCUAUAA